CCGAUGUGGAGGUGGAGUUGGAGGAUACGUGCUAUCCCAUCAUGCAAAGGGAAACGCGGUAACGUUCGGCACGCAGCGUGUACGAUCCUGCUGCAGAACUAAGAAAACCCGCAAAAAUAAAUAAUAAGCGUUAAGAAAUAGACGGCAGAAGAAUUUCACAAGUUAGUGAACGAUUUAUCGGGGCGUACAAAUUUGCCUUCUAGUUACUGUCAUUAUUGGACCGAUCAAACGGCGCUUUAAGGAAGAUGUCUUUAGUUUGUGCAAUCUCAAACGAGGUGCCGGAGCGCCCCUGUUUGUCGCCGGUCUCUAACCAGGUGUUUGAGCGCCGGCUCAUUGAGAAGUACAUCGCUGAGAAUGGAGCUGACCCCAUCAACGGCCAACCACUGUCCGAGGAACAGCUCAUCGACAUCAAGGUUUCCCACCCUGUCCGGCCCAAGGCUCCUUCUGCCACCAGCAUUCCUGCCAUCCUCAAAGCCCUGCAGGAUGAGUGGGACGCGGUGAUGCUGCACAGCUUCACUCUGAGGCAGCAGCUCCAGACGACGCGGCAGGAGCUCUCUCACGCCCUGUACCAGCACGACGCCGCCUGCAGGGUCAUCGCCCGCCUCACCAAGGAGGUGACCGCCGCCCGAGAGGCUUUGGCCACCCUGAAGCCCCAGGCUGGGCUGGUUGUGCCCCAGACUGUCCCCGCCUCUCAGCCAGCGGCUGCGGCUGGUGGUGGUGAGCUGAUGGAGGUGAGCGAGCAGGUGGGAAUGACCCCUGAAGUCAUCCAGAAGCUACAAGACAAGGCCACUGUCCUGACCACGGAGAGGAAGAAGAGGGGGAAGACGGUGCCAGAGGAGCUGGUCAGAGCUGAGGACCUCAGCAAGUACCGACAAGUGGCCUCUCAUGCUGGUCUCCACAGUGCCAGUAUUCCUGGGAUCCUCUCUCUGGACCUGUGUCCUUCAGACACCAACAAGGUGCUCACUGGAGGGGCUGAUAAGAACGUGGUGGUGUUCGAUAAGAGGGAGGAGCAGAUCGUCGCCACACUGAAGGGCCACACCAAGAAGGUCACCUCUGUCAUCUACCACCCCUCACAGUCGGUGGUGUUCUCGGCCUCUCCUGACAGCACGAUCCGGGUGUGGUCCGUGGGCGGGGGGAACUGUGUGCAGGUGAUCCGAGCCCACGAGGCGGGGGUCACCGGCCUGUCCCUGCAUGCCACCGGGGACUACCUGCUGAGCGCCUCCGAGGACCAGUACUGGGCCUUCUCUGAUGUCCAGACCGGUCGGGUUCUCACCAAGGUGACAGACGAGGCAGCGAGCUGUGCUCUGACCUGCGCACAGUUCCACCCUGACGGCCUGAUCUUCGGGACGGGCACGGCUGACUCUCAGAUUAAGAUCUGGGACCUGAAGGAGCGCACCAACGUGGCCAACUUCCCCGGCCACUCCGGGCCCGUGACCGCCAUCGCCUUCUCCGAGAACGGGUACUACCUGGCCACAGGUGCUCAGGAUUACUCCCUGAAGCUGUGGGAUCUGAGAAAACUAAAGAAUUUCAAAACCAUCACUCUGGACAGCAGCUAUGAGGUGAAGUCGCUGGUGUUUGAUCAGAGUGGGACGUACCUGGCUGUGGGGGGCUCAGACAUCCGGGUGUACAUCUGCAAGCAGUGGUCCGAGGUCCUCAACUUCACCGAGCACUCGGGGCUGGUGACGGGCGUGGCCUUCGGGGAGCACGCUCAGUUCCUCACCUCCACUGGGAUGGACCGCAGCCUGAAGUUCUACAGCCUGUAGGGGCAGGCCACACCCCCAUGCCGAGAGGGAGCUGCGAUUGGCUGGCGUUGGAGCUGCAGAUCUGAUGUACUGAAGCAGCACACAUUUAGAACUGAGACGCAGUACACAAUACAUAUACACAACAGAACGUGUGUAUAGACACUCACACACGCAUGCCCACACACACAGAACAAAUGAACUCACUUGGACUCACUUUUACUCCUAGAGCAAUGUUUCCUGACUCCAGUCCUCGGGAGCCAGGUGUUUUUUUGUUGUCACCAGGAACUCUCACACCUGAUUUCAGGACAUUUUUGGUGGUCAUUAAAUGCGGUGUGCAAGUUCUUGAUUACAACAAAAACCUUCUGGCAGGUGGGUCCCAAGGUCUGGAGUUGAGACACUGCUUCAGGUCUGUGUGUGUGUCUGUCUGUGUGUGAGUGUUCAGAUCUCGGUCUCUUAAUCUUCACUGCAUCAUGUAUUUCCUUCUCUCUCCCUUCAACUUUCUUAAUCCUUCCUUACUUUUUGCUCUUUAUUAGUCUUGAUAAGUUUGACUUUUUUUUUUUUUUUUUUUUUUGGAAAUUGUUUUUUUUUACAGACAUUGUUAGUUUUCAUUUUAUAUUUUUAUGUUUGACAUCACCCUGCUUGUUCAGCCCCUCUCUAUGAAUGUUUAAAUUUUCAGUUUUUGCAUAAUUAGUUAUCUCCGAGUGAGAUUUGUAUCCCUUGUGUAGAUGGGAUUUAAUUGACUUAGGCUCUCCAAUAAAGAUGUGAUUGAAACCCAA